AUGCUACCCAAGCAGCCUUCAGCAAACAAGCUUGGCAAGCGAAGGGCACACCCGCAAACGCCCAGCGCCGAAACCCAACCAGUAACCAGUGUGCAAAGCCCAAGGAUGUUGCAGUCAACAUCUAGCGAGCGAGUGAACAAGUUUGGCAAGCGAAGGGCACACCCGCAAAUGCCCAGCGCCGAAACCCAACCAGUAACCAGUGUACAAAGCCCAGUGAUGUUACAGUCAACAGCUAGCGAGCGAUUUACACUUUCGAAUCAACCUCUGUCGAAACGAGCCAAGCGAUUUUUGGAUGAAGUUCAAGCACUUCGGCAGCAAUUUGGGGUACUGCCUUCGUCAAACACAUCGGCCCAAUCACAGCCUCGGCUCAAUUCUCUGUUUGCGUUUACGUCCAUUGGAGCGAACGAAACCCAACUUCCUCCUGGCCCCCCAGUGUACAAGAUACGAGGCCAAAUGAUCCACCGCAUUGGAUCUUAUGAGCCAUUGAACGGGAAGCCAAGAAGCUUUGCUCAAGUCUAUGUACUGGACUCUGACGAUCAAAUGCAAUUGCGUACUCGUAUGGCGUCCAAUUUGAAUUGUUCGGCCGCUGAGUUGAUCAUUGCAGAACGAAUGCAAUCACUUAUUUCAAAGCAUAAUGCCUUUGCGACAUUGUAA